AUGUAUUGGCCUUCGCAACCCUAUCAAUUCUAUGGUCGUAAUUAUUAUAUGGGUCGUUUAAUUGGUGAAGUAGUACCAUUUCAUAAUGCUCAUGAUAUAAUGCGGUCAGGACGUGAUAUGCAAGAAUAUCCUGAUUAUAUGCUUGCUUCACUCAAUAUUCAACCAGGUAUGGUUGUAGCUGAUAUUGGUGCUGGUGUUGGCUUUACUUCAUUACGUCUUGCACGUUUAGUUGGUCCAUAUGGACGUGUUUUCUCAACUGAACUUCAACCGCAAAUGCUUAAUCAGUUAAUGUUAAAUGCAUAUACAUUAGGACUUGCACAAAAUAUUGUACCUACAUAUGCUUCUCAUUUUGAUGCAAAUCUUCCACCUAAUUCUUGUGACCUUAUACUUAUGGUUGAUACUUAUCAUGAAUGCAUCAAUCCACCAGCUAUUUUAAGUGGAUUACGUCAUGCAUUAAAAAAAAAUGGUCGACUUGUUUUAGUUGAAUAUCGUUCAGAAGAUAGUCGGAUGCCUAAUAUGUAUAAUGAUCAUCGAAUGUCUAUUGCUCAAGCUAAACUUGAACUUGAAUCUAAUGGAUUUUUAUUAACACAAGUUCAUGAAUUUCUUCCAUGGCAACAUAUUCUUAUUUAUAAUAAAUUAUAG